UUUCCGGCAUAAAGCAAAAUGGCGGCUCCUCUGAGGCAGGAUGUGUCUCUAUUAAACAUAAGCGGUUCGCAGAAAAAUCCACUUGGAAAUGUAAAGAUCGCUCCAGGUGCAGUUGUCUGUGUUGAAAGUGAAAUCAAAGGAGACGUCACAAUAGGACCAAGAACUGUGGUUCACCCCAAAGCUCGUAUUUAUGCAGAAGCCGGACCAAUCAUCAUUGGUGAAGGCAACUUGAUUGAGGAGCAGGCCUUUAUUCGAAACAGUUUUCCAGAAAACAUUGCACCUGAUUCAGAUGUGGAACCAAAGACCAUGAUCAUCGGUACCAAUAAUGUGUUUGAAGUUGGAUGCUAUUCUCAUGCAUUGAAGAUGGGAGACAACAAUGUAAUAGAAUCAAAAGCAUUUGUAGGCAGAAAUGUUAUCCUGACAAGUGGCUGCAUUAUUGGUGCCUGCUGCCAAGUGGACACUUGUGAAGUUAUCCCAGAGAACACUGUUAUAUAUGGAUCUGAUUGUCUACGUAGAGUGCAAACAGAACGUCCACAGCCACAAACACUUCAACUGGAUUUCCUAAUGAAAAUUCUUCCUAAUUACCAUCAUCUGAAGAAAACCACUAAAAAUAUUUCAGCCCCAAUGAAAAGCUGAGUGUUGGAUACUACCUUCGUUCAGGAUACCGUGUGCUUAGCAUGAUUUGCGUUGUCUUGUAUUGUUAACCCAUAUAUAUAUAUAUAUAUAUAUAUAUAUAUAUAUGUUAUAAUUUAUUGUAUGUAUGACAUACUGUAUACAGUUAUGAAUAUAAAACUCAAUUUAGUCAUAAAGCCUUAAAGGAAAACUAUACCCCCAAAAUGAACACUUAAGCAGCAGAUAGUAUAUAUCAAAUUGAAUGACAUAUUAGAGAAUCUUACCAAACUGGAAUAUAUAUUUACAUAAAUAUUGCCCUUUUACAUCUCUUGCCUUGAACCACCAUUUUGUGACUCUAUCUGUGCUGCCUCAGAGAUCACCUGACCAGAAAUACUACAACACUAACUGUAACAGGAAGAAGUGAGGAAGCAAAAGGCAGAACUCUGUCUGUUAAUUGGCUCAUGUGACCUUACAUGUGGUUUGUAUGUGUGCACAGUGAAUCAUAUGAUCCCAGGGGGCGGCCCUUAUUUUUUAAAAUGGCAAUUUUCUAUUUAUGAUUACCCAAUGGCACAUACUACUAAAAAAGUAUAUUAUUAUGAUAAUGGUUCACUUACAUGAAGCAGGGUUUUACACAUGAGCUGUUUUACUCAGUAUCUUUUAAUAGAGACCUACAUUGUUUGGGGGGUAUAGUUUUCCUUUAAAGACAUUUGUGUUUCAAAGCACAUCCAGCAGGGGGUUUCCAUUUACAGAAUAUGAUCCCUUCAAAAGGCAAUUGAAGUAUAGUUUGCAGUUGUAUUUCACCUCUUUUAGCCUCUAUCAGCAAUAUCACAGCUCCGCUAGGAGAAAACCAAAUGUUCUUACCUAUAUUAAUUUAAAAAAUAUUGAUUCGUAUUAUACCUAAAAAAAAAAGCAUAAUAAAACAUGCACAAUAUUCAAUGUGGAAAAUCUUGCAACAGGUCCUGAAUUUAGCAUACCAAGUUCAACCCCAGCUCAAGCUUGAAUUCUGUUAUCCAUGCCCAUAUUUUGCAUGUCUCUCAGAUAUUUUGAAAUAGUAUUGAACAUUUGCAACAGAUAUUAGGACCAUUGACACAAGCUUGCUGCUUUAUUUGAUAACUGUUUUACAAUUUAAAUUUUUACAAUUUAAAUUUACCAUUUUCCACUUCAAAACUGAAGGACCUUUGCUUUUCAUUUUUAUAUUGUACUAAGGCCAACAAGGUAGCACUGCAAGAUUUAUAUCAAUAUUUUAAGCAAUACAUGUUGAUACUGAUUCCUAUUGCAGUAUCUGUGACAUUUCUAGAAUAUUAAACCAAUAUGUUUCUCUUAUACACAAGAUAUAAGUAUUAGCAAGUGUGUGCUUUCUUUCAUUAUUUCAUAAAUAUUCAUUCUUGGGUAAUUCUGCUAAAAGCUGAAAAAAAAAACUGUCGGCUUAGGACACUAGCAUGAUCAGAAUUGGUUGAGUACAUGUUUAUAUAUAACGCAUACCUAAUGGUAAUAUUAAGAGAACUUUCAAGUAUCAUUUGUUACAUUCCUUAAUAAUGGCUGAAAGAGUAUUAAUGUUUCAAUAAAACUGAUCAUCUA